CCACAAGAUACUAAUGUUAGCUGCUGUUUAUUAAACUCUUGUGUUCCAGAAGUUUAUGUCUGCAACCCUUAGAAUAGUCCGUUUUAGAUUUUAUUGCCUCAGUUACAGGCAAAAAUGGAUUUUGAGAAUGAGUGGCAGUUGUAUGCCCUGCCCCCAGCCCCUCUCACUGGUAAGAGACCAGAUUCAAACCACAUUCUCCAUAAUGUAGGUGUCAACAUGGGUGCCCUAGUCAUUGCGUGACCGGGGACAGAGCCCUGCACAGGAUUCCUGCUGCCUCUCACACAUGGACAGUGACAGGUGUCCUAGAGCUCAGCUCCACUUUACCAGUGAACUGGAGCAAACCCCAACCCCUUGCUUUGGCCCCGAGCCCAGCCCCUGCCCAACUUUGAUCCCCCACUCACAGCCUCCCCUAUUCCCUCUUCUCCCUCCCUGCCAGGCCUAGCUUCUCCUCAAGCACACUGAGUCUGCUCCCACUUCAGGACUUCAGGACUUUCGCACACGCCUAUUCAAAUCUUUUGCCCAUUUUUAAGUUGAGUUGUCUUACUAUUGAGUUGUAAGAGUUCUUUGUAAAUGCUGGCUGUAAGUUCUCAGAUCCAUGUUUAGCAAUAUUCUCUCCCAGUCUGUGGCUCCUCAGGUGCCCAUCAUUAUUGUUACUAUUAAGGCAUUGUUGUUAUUACUAUUAUUAGUAAGGGAUAUGGGCCCAACUCUAAAGGCCAGACCUGCCAUGCUUUUAAGGAGUUUACAGUUUUAGAGCGCACAGGUAACUGAUUCAAGGGGAUACUGCAUAAAUACUUCACUGAAGACAACAGGUCAUAAUCAAGAACAGCCACGGUCAGGAUUUUUUAUUGCAAAGACUUCUUGGGGGUCAGCGCAGAUGAACUGAAAUCUGAGACUGCCCGAUUCCCUCAACCCAUGCAGAGCACGGGAUCCUCCCACGUGGACACACAGACCACCUCCUCCUCCAGGCGGCCCCUGCUGCGCGCGAAGCCUCUGGCACAGCCCAACCGCCGGUUAACGGCCGACUCGGCCAACUCCGCCCCGCUGCGCCUGGCAAGUUCUCAAAAAGAGGCGGAACCAGGAGCACGUGAUGCAGCACGUGCGCGGGGGGCCUGGCGAGACGGGGGCGGAGCUAGCGCGUGCGCAGAGGGUACGAAGGAGAAGGCGGGAAAAGACAGGAUGGAGCGACAGGGACGCUGGCUGUGCUCACAGGUGGACAUGCCCCACGUAGAAUGCAAGGACCAGGAUCCACAGGAUCUCCCCGCGCUGGGGGAGAGCAAAGAGCGGCAGCAGGGCGAGGAGAGCCGCGAAGACGAAGCUGGUCGGGGGUCAGCUAGAAGUCAGGUUUCUAGCCCCUCUAUCGCCACCUCCAGUGCCAACCGCCAGCUGAUGAUGCUAGAAGGGAAGUCAGGAUCCUACUUUUCUUCUCUGGACUCAAGCAUCGACAUCCUGAAGAAGAGGGCCCAGGAGCUGAUUGAAAACAUCAACGAGAGCAGACAGAAGGACCACGCACUCAUGACCAACUUCAGGGACAGCCUCAAGAUCAAGGUUUCAGACCUGACAGAGAAGCUCGAGGAGAGGAUGUAUCAGAUUUAUAAUCACCACAACAAGAUCAUUCAGGACAAGCUCCAAGAGUUCACCCAGAAAAUGGCAAAGAUCAGCCAUUUGGAAACAGAGCUCAAACAAGUGUGCCACACCGUGGAGACAGUGUACAAAGACCUGUGCGUCCAGCCUGAGGCUACUACUUCGGAAGAACAGGCCCACAAAGAUGGCGAAUUCUGAGAGCUACUGGGAGCGUCCCCUCUUAGUGACAGCCACCAAGAGAAGGCUGAGGCCACCACUGGCGCCAUGCUGAAAAAUUUUUUUUCACAGUUCUGUAAUGCAUCUUGGCAAAAAU